CCACCACCACCAUCAUCAUUAGGCAGAACAUUAAAUUACUGUCCCCCUCUUCAAAGAGAAUUAAUAGACCAAAGCAGGCAAAAUUCUCUCCCUAGCAGCAUUUCUAAGACAACCAUUUCAUCCAACAUUAUGAAAGGACUAGAAGCAAUCUUCAAAGAAGACAUCAUAGAAGCUCGGAAUAGCUUAAGAUCAACGAAAAAGCAAGAGAACUCUGAUUCUGUAAAACCUAUGAAAAAAGAUCUGCAUGAUGCCUUCUAUUAUGAACUGACACAGACAUGUUUGACCAGACAGAAAAGAUGGCAGGAAGAAAAGUUUAGCAAAUUACCAAACAGCAAAAACCAAAUUUUGGGUAAUGUUGUGGAUAAAACCAAAAAACAUACAGAAGACUUACUGGAUAAAAAUGCAGCAGAAAAAUUUAAUAAACUAUCUGCAAACAAUUCCUUCAACUCAAAUUCUUCAGAAAAUCUUAAAAUCAAUGGAGAUUUUAAAAAUCACACAUCUUUAAACCAACCCAAGCAGCCUAAUUUGAAAAGCGAAACGCAGAAAGGAACUGACUCUGCAAGAUCAACAAAUGACUGGACUCCAAUGCAAGAUCUUGAAGAUUCAGAAAAUUCUGAUACAGAGAGUUCUGUGAAAAAUUCUCAAAGAAACAGCACAACUGGUUUUAAAUGUAGUCUUAUUCCUGAAAAUAUAAAAUAUCUAAAUAACACAAAGGAAUUUUAUAGCAGAAACUGUCCCAAGCCAGAAUAUGAUGUCACAAAGCAUUCUUUCACUUGGAAGAAUGAACAAAGCUUCAUUAAGUCAAAUUCAAAUAAAUCCAAAAAUGGUAAAGAACCCAACCCUAAAACAUGUGAAGUAUCUGAAAAUAUUGGUUGGGAUAAAUCGAGUGCAAUGAAAAGUAAUUCAAAAUAUAAAAAUGGAAUAGACUUUGAUUAUUUGGAAAAGAAAACUGGUAGAAUGUCAGAGCAACAUCAUUUAGGCAGAGUUAAGCAUGAGGGAGAGAAAGAAAAAGAAAAUGAUAGUCAAAGAGGAUGGAAUGUUUGGAAAAAGCAGAAGAAAUUUCCCAAAGAAUCUACUGUAAAUACGAAUGAAAAGCAGCAACUUAAGGUGACAGAAUCACAAAUUAGCCAAAAGGAAGAAGAUAUGGAAAAAGAAAGACUGAAUCAAAUGGAAAUAGAAUCUGAAUUCCUGAAGAAACGGUCAAAUCAGAGAUUGGUAAUGGGUAAUUGGAAGAAUAAAUUAACAAAAGUUACUAAACAGUCAUUAGCAGGAAUGUAUGAUUUGGAAGAGAAUAGAAAGAACUACACUAAUAAUGAUGAAAAAGAAGCUGGAUUCAAUGAAGACAUUACAAAAUGCAAUAAGAACACAAGGAAAGAGAAUGAGAAAGUAAAUUCUAAGAAUGAAGUGAACUUUGAUAAAACAAGAGCUCAGCUUCAGGAAAACUCAACUUCACUGAACGGGAGUGCACAGAAUCACACCCAAUACAGUGAAUCUGUAGUUUCUAAUAAUGAGGGACUAAUAAAUGAUAUUCUUUUGAAACCCCAAAUUGAAAAACAAAAUGCAAGCAUUUAUUUCCCAAAUUCUUUAGCACCAAAUUAUGUCCCAAAUCCAUUUUUAGGUAUAUCAUCCAACUAUUUUGGUACCUCCUAUCUCAAUGAAUAUCUGAAGUUAGUUGGUAUUGGGCAACCAUUUCUACCAAUGAACCUUACAUAUCAUAAUAUUCCUGGAUAUUUAGGAACUAGUUACAACAUGAUGCCACAGGCAACCGAUAUAUAUGAAGGUCCAAAUUUUGUGAAUCCUUUGCCAUUUUUACCUUCAGUCUUCAAUAAUUUCUCAGCUAUGAGUGAGUCAAAAUCCAAAGAUGUACAGAACCCAGUCUACACAAGUGACAGUGAUGAUGCUGAUUCAUUGUACCAAUCUCCAGGAACCUAUACAGACCAAAUGAGUAACUGGAGUUCAGACAAUAGCAAGAGUAUCCAAACAGAAGAUCUAGACAAUUCUGACAGUACGCAGUCUUCUGAUGUUUACAUGUUUCAAGCAAAUAAAGAACGAGACGAGGGUUUUGAUUCAGGAAAUGCUUUCUCAUCAGAAUUUGAAACAAUGACCUCUCAAAUGAAGUACUCAAAACUGGAAGAACUAAGCUGAGCCAUUGUCAAUCAUCAGUCAUAAGUUUUCAUUAAUCACCAUCUUCACUGAUUGUUGCUGUUGUCACAUUUAAAAUCUUCACCUCUAAACUUUUAAAUAUGGCAAUAACUGUUUUUUUAAAUAAUGCUAUAUAUCACACAGUUGUAUUUAUAAAUGUAUAUGUAAAAUAUAAAUGUAUCUUUAUUCAACUUUUACAAGGAAAAGAUUGAUAAUGAAUUAAAAGUUUUAGUUGGUUCAUCUUUGUCAGGAAAAAAAGAAAUCAGGAUUCAUAAAGCUAUUUCCUGAGUCUUGUGAGGAUGGGGGUCAGUUAUCUGGAUUCUGUGGUAUAUAUAUUCCUCCUGGGAUAGAAUGCCAGUUCAUUGCAGAAAUACUCAUUUUUGCCAAUUGAUUGUACAAUGAAAUGAAGUGUUUUGCUCAAGAACACAACACAUCGCCAAGUUCAGGAAUUGAAACCACAAUCUCACAAUCAUGAAUCCAACACCCUAACCACUCAGCCAUGCACCAUCACUUUGACAGUAAUCCGUCAGUUUAAUGCUAAAUUGUUUUUAUAUAGAACCUGACAUAAAACCAAUAUGUGUGGAUGUGUGUCUUCAUAUGUGUCCUUGUGUGAAGUAAAGUGUGUGUGUGUGUAUAUGGUCAUGUGUUUCAGUCUCCAUUUGCGUAUGUGUGCUUGUCUGUUCAUAUAACCUAUGUACCUAUCCGUCAGUAUGUUGGUCUCUUUAUUUUCAUGUCCAUAUGCUUACAUACGUGUGCAUAUACACAUACAUAUAUACAUCCACCCACACACACACAUACUUACAUCUAUCUACACAACAGCCCACUAACUAAAGAAUCUUGCAAACCUAAUCCAAAAACGAAAUUAUAUAUAUAUAUAUAUAUAUAUAUAUAUGUAUAUAUGUGUGUGUGUGUGUGUGUGUGUGUGUGU